UACUUCCCUUUUUUAACAGUUAUCUACCCUAUACAACAGUCUCUAUUAAACAAAACCAACCAAAAUAGUUAACGAUUACUUGGUAUUAUAAACUUAACGUGCGGUAAGGUCCACUUUCGCUUGACUAGCAUCCACUCUUGCCUCUCUUUACCAUAGCCACAGUAUAUUGACAAUCCACCUUACGAGAUUGACAUAAAUUAUCGAAGAGAUACAAGCUAAUCUUAUACAUUAAUUAACAUUAAGUUAUGUUAUAAGGUGAAUCCAAUAUGGGUGAAACUCGAUCUAAAGAUGACGGCAUAGCAGAUAUCAGGAGACUUCAGAGAGAUUUAGAUGCCGAAAGGACGAACAGACAAGAAGCACAACAACAGUUAGAGCAAGUCAAGGCUGAACUGUCGAUGAUACUUAGGAAAAAUAAGGAGUUGCAGUUACAGCUAGUGAACUGUAAGCAAGACUUGGAGAAAGAAAAGCAGAAUACACAGACAGCUGUAGAAGUCAAGGACAAGACUACCAAACACUCAAGUCAGAUGAAGGGGACGUUGGAUGACAAAAGUGCGGAGAUUAAACAUCUAAAAGACAAAAUCAAAUCGAUGGAAACAGAAAACUCUUCGACUCUAUCUCAGUUAGAUUUGCUUUUGGAAAACUUAGUUCAAGAGUUCUCAAACUCGAUGAGUGAAGAAAAAAAGAAAAGCAUUUUCCUCACAGCUUCCACGUGUGGUCUGCCUGGCACCGUAGGACACCUGGCGGGCAUAGGCGUGGACAUCAAUGUCCAGACCAAACCGUCUCAGCCUGCAUCGUUAUACGACACAGGUUUUUUUGAUGAGUCGGAUGCCGCCAUCUCCCUACACGACGAUUCAAAUAUCCCAGUCUUGUUUUACUGUGCGCAGAAAGGAGAUUAUAAAUGUGUAGAGAAACUGAUCGAGAAAGGCGCGGAUGUUCGAUACAAGGAUAGCCUUGGUGACACGGCGUUGAUGUAUGCUUCACGUGGUGUUUGUGUUCCCGUUGCCUACAGCCCUAAGGCUAAAACGAAAGUAGAAGAUCGUUUAAUAACAGAGGACCACGUUCGAUGUAUGGAAGUUUUAAUACAACACGGGGCGGAUGUUAAUGCGAGAAAUUUCAUCGGCUGUUCACCGCUAACGUAUUGUACAAUGUACGGAAGUAAGAGUGGAGUAGAGAAGUUGUUAGAUAAAGGCGCUAGGGUCGAUGAUAAGAACAAUGAGGGUAAGGCAGCCUUACAUUUUGCUGCCGUGAGUUAUACGGACAAACAGCACGACUGUGUGAGUGCUAUUUUAAGACACGGCGCUGAUGUUAAUAUCACUGAUUCAGAAGGUAACACUGCCCUCAUCCUCAGUGUGAUGAAUAAAAAUCUGCAGUGUAUACAAAAAUUGUUAGAAUAUAAACCGGAUUUAGAUGUUCAAAAUAAAAUCGGUGUUUCCGCUUUAGGUUUAAGUGCAGAACACAAUAAAGAUGAUAUUGUAUCCCUUCUGUUAAAAGCAGGAGCGAAACACAAUAUAAAAUUUAAUAAAGGAGAGACAGCACUUAUCAUUGCUGCUAAACAUAAUUCCGUUAAGGUUCUGAAAUUAUUGCUGGGGUCGGGGGCUGUGGUGAAUGAAGUGGACGAUGAAGGAAACACAGCAUUAAUUGCAGCUGCUGAUAAUUUUAACGAUGAGAGCAUUUCUUGCCUACUUGAGGCUGGCGCAAACGUGAACCAUAGAAAUAAAUCUGGGCACACAGCCUUAAGUCUGCUUCAAUCAUCUUCUGACACCAGUAGCAGAAAAAAAUGUAUCAAAGCGUUUUCAAACGCUGGGACAUAAAUUUUUAAUAUUAAAAUAUCCAGUCUUUCAUCUAAACUCAUGUUUAAACUUACAAGCUGAUAAUAGUCAUAAAUAUCGAUGAUGCAAUACUUUUUUUGUUCCCUCGUUUUGUUGUAGGCACUGGUUGUAUAUUUUUAUUCUUUACCUAUUUCGUUUAGCAUGAUAUUUAUACUACGCGAAGCUUUGACCAUAAGUGCUUUGACCACAACUGGUCAAAUCACCUAUGGUGAAACCACCUAUGGUCAAAGCCCCUAUGGUCAAAUCUCCUAUGGUCAUAAUCAAUAUGGUCAGAGCACAUAAAACCUACAAUAUACAUACAAAAUAAAGUUAUGUUUAUAAGUGUGGUUAAAUAAUAUGUAUAAUUCCAGUCUUUCAAUUUUUUUUUUAUUAUUUACACAAUCUCAAUUUAAGAAAGUAUUAUACAAUUACCGUGCCAUAUUCGCUAUCCUUCCAUGUGUUUACUUGUCAAACUAGUCCAUCUACAGCAGCUGUUUGUCCAAACUACAGAACGAAAUAAACAUAAAUGAAUGUGCAGUUUCGAAGCUAUGUUCUAAAACCUCACCCUCUGUACGUGGUGUCCUUUUCUA